AUGGUCGCGACUAUGGAGGCAGAUAUAGAUACCAACUACGAGAUGAAAGAUCUCCAGAACUCGCUGCGGAACGCGACUCUCGAACUUAGUCUCGAGCGGAGCAAGCACUCGGUCGAAGCGGUAGUCAAAGACGAGGAAAUCCGGAAGUUGCGGGUCGCCCAGUGCCUCCUGCAAGACGACAACAGCGAUCUCCACGAACAACUCGAAGACGAGCAGGCACGGUCUGAUGAGCUAGAGGCAUCCCUCGAAGAGGCCCUUGCGCAGUUGGACGAGCAACGAGCAGAGGCAGAGGCAGCGCAAAACACCAUCCGCACCCAGGCGCGGGAAGUCGCCAAUCUCAAGGCCGAGCUCAAGGCUAUGGAGAACGUCACAUCCGACUCCAACAAGAUCCUCUCCGACAAACUCGCCCUCUCCCGCGAAAUCUCAUCAUUACGCCCUGAAGUCGAACACCUACGCGCCCAAGUCGAAUCCAACACUGGCCUCCUUGCCGAGAAACUCGCGUUGCAACGCCAGAUGGCGACGCUGCAAGUAGAGCUCGAGAACGAGAAACGGACUUCCGCCCGGACAAUCGCCAAGCAGGGCAAGAAGAUGGAGCAAGACGAAGACCUCCGAAACGAGCUAGAGGAAGCGCGCAACCAACUUGCAACCGAGAAGAAGGACCGGAUGAAGGCCGAGGCAGGACUUACAAAGGCAGAGAAGGCUAUGGAGAAGGUGCAGGCCGAUCUGGAGUCACAACAACAGGCGACCGAAAGUCUGCAAGCCAAGGUUGAGAGCCUGUCUAAGAAGGAAGCCAGCAAGGCUGCUAAAUACAGUGAGGCUCAAGAUGCUGCGAUUGAACAACUUCGCCAGGAACUGGAACAAGAAAAGGCUGCUCGUAUUCAAGCAGAAAAGGCCAGCAAAAAUGCUGCCACCCGCGACGCGGAGAUUGAAGAGCUUCGACAGGAACUAGAGCAAGAGAAGCGCGAGCGUCAAAAGGCAGAGAAGACAGCGAAGAAAGCUUCACAGUCCUCGCAACAACCAGACGAUCAAGCCGAAGCCACAAGGCGAGAACUAGAAGAGGAAAAGCGAGAGCGCAAGAAGCAAGAGAAGGAAUACACCAAGACUCUAGCUGAGCUCCAAGGCAAGAACGCCGUCCUUGACGACAAACUUGGUGCCUUCCGUGAGAAGCUACGAACGACAAAGGAGAAGCUCAAGGAGAAGGAGGCCGAACUCGAGAGAGCAGAUAGGGCACAAACUGCGCCACCAACCAAGAGCAUGGCGCCUCCUGCCACCAAGCCCGCGAAGAAUGCUCGGAAGCGCAUGGCUGCUACGGCUGAACCAGAGACUAUGCUAGGUACGCCUGGUGACGGAUUUCCUGCGAAGAAGGCGAAGCGCGCCACUUCUGUCACAGCUGUUGGCGACACAUCGACAUUCUCUCUCACGCCCUUUUUGAACAAGACGUCUAGCAUUGCACUUGGUAGUCCCAUUGUCGAGGAGGAAGAGGAUGACGAAGCUGAGCAAGAGGUCGAGGAUUCGAUGCAAGAACAUGCCACACCAACGGCACCGCCCAAGAAAGCUCUCAAGCAACCAAAGCCUAAAGCCCUGGCUCCAUCCGCGUCGAGCAAAGCGAAUGCAAAACCCCGCAAUAAGAAGAAUGCCGCCGCCGCCACCGUCAACCCAGCUCUCGAAAUAGUAUCCGAAGAAACCGAAGACGCGCCUGAAAACGCAGCACCACAGAAAGUAGCAACCAAGGACUCGGAUGGGCCCUCGAAGAAAUCCAACAGCAAAAUGAUGAAGCCUCGCAAAUCACUCAUGUCCUUUGCCACUUUUACCGAAGAACCGGCUGCCGAAAAGAAGAAGAAGCGGAAAUUGGGCGCUACGGCGGGCAAGACACUUUUCGAUACCGAGGGCGAAGGGGACGAUGCAGAGGAUGCUGGUGUGCCCAGCUUGAAACCGAGGCGAGGCGCCCAUGGCCUCUAUAAAUCGACUCGUCUUGUAAUCUCCAGACUUCUCUCCGCUAUCUCGCCUCAUACUCGCCCGUUUCCCCCAGGGAUCAACACAGUAUACCCGAAGAUGGAGCUCGAAUGUGAAGCAGACGAAGGACCAGUCUUCUUUUUCGAGAGCGACGAGAGCAAUGGUUUCCUAAGCCAAGCAUUCCUCAGCUCUAUUGAACUCCACGACAUUAAGUUCAAUUGCAAUGAGCAGUAUUUCCAAACAGCCAAAGCAGGAUUCUUCAUCAGGGACAACUAUGAGAUUUUCAGAGCCGUAAGGAACGCGACGGAUCCUAAAGAACAAAAGGCUCUAGGCAAGCACAUUAAGGCCAACGACGCCUCCUGGGCGCAGCAUUGGGUGAAGAUAUUGGCAUAUCGAGUUAUCAGGGUUGCAGCCCGUCUGAAGUUCACAGUAUCAGAACAUGCACCCAUGCCUGCGCAGAAGCUCAUCGCUACGGGACAUCGAGAGCUUGUCAUGGCAGAUCCAGAUGAUGCGUUCUUG